UGAAAACUAUGAUGAUGACUCUACUAGUAGUAAUAGCGAAACUAAUAGAAUAGAAGAAACAGCAAGUAAUCCUUCUCAAAAACAACCUACUAAAAAACGAUCAAUUACAAGUUUUAAAGUGCGAAGUUGCCUGAUUGAAGUUGAUAAUAGAAAUUCUCCUAAUAGCAAAUGUAUUUGUGGUCAAAUAAUUCGUACACAAGGAUCAACACGAAACUUUGCAACACAUUUAGGAAGUAGAAACUCUGCACGUAUUGAACAAAUAGAAAAGGCAUUAGUUCCAUGGAUAAUCGAUGAUUUCCAGCCCUUUUUUGUAGCACAAAGUUCAAGUUUUAAUCAUCUACUUAAAGUAUUAGAUCCUUAUUAUGAUUCGCCAUCUGACAAACAAAUUAAACUUCGAAUUAAUGAAGGAUAUAAUCUUGUAUCUGCUCGUUUAAAAGAGAUCAUGAAGAUUGAAACUGUUGAUUUGGAUAAUUUAAAUACUAUUUUUGAAGAGGAAGAUUUAGUUGUUGACUACGAUAAAAUCUCUGAAACUGAAACAACAAUCAAAGGACAUAAAGUUAAAAUUAGUAAUCCUACUGACU